AUGUGGCUGCAGGGAAUUGUUCAAGAGCUGCCAGUAGAAGCAGCGUCAGCUGUGAGCCGCCGCAGCCAUGGAGUUGUGAGGUUCCCCAGCAGUGUGGAGGAAGUCAUUUCUGACAGCGUUGGAGUGAGGAGGAAGGGGCACGAAAGCUGGCAGCAGAAGGUGCAGAGCCUCUUGAAAACUUCUGGAGCGCUGGGCCUGGAGGAGGCCAUCCAGAUUGGGCAGCCGCAGGACACCGACGGGCUGUCAGAGCCGCAUCGUUCCAGAUCAGCACAUGAAAACGAGCGCUGCUAUGCCGCGAUCUACAACAUCAUGGAUGAGCUGAGUGUGCGGCUGCCCCUCUUCCGCCCGCGCAGCAUGCUGGACUUUGGGAGCGGCCCAGGCACCGCUGUGUGGGCUGCCCAAGAGGUCUGGGAUGGGUCACUCCAUGACGUUCUGGCUGUGGAGGCAUCGCCUGCCAUGGCUGCCUUCGGGCAGAGCAUCCAAGCUGCCCGCCAGAGCAGCCUUGAGGAGCCUGCACAGCAUUCCCAGCGAGGGCAGUAUGACAUGGUAACAGGCGCAUAUGUCAUCGGGGAGCUUGACUCAGAAGAGGAGCGGCAGAGUACUGUUGACGCGCUGUGGGCCAGCACAAAGCACCUUAUGAUUUUGGUGGAGCCGGGCACGCCGACUGGAUAUGCAAACAUUAUGGCGGCCAGGACCCAGGUUCUGGAAGCAAGCCUGCAAGAGGAGGGUGGCAAGAUGGGGGCGCAUGUGGUGGCCCCAUGCCCUCAUGAUGGCGUCUGCCCCAUGGAAGGAACGAAGAGCUGGUGUCAUUUUACGCAACGCUUCGAGAGGAGCGGAUUGCAGCGCGUCACCAAAAUCCGCCCAGAUGGUGGCCUGGCACGCACAUAUCAGGACGAGCGGUACUCCUACGUAGUGAUCAGAAAGGAGCCCAGACCGGAGAUGGGCAGUCCGCUCAGCAUCUCUCGCCACCGUCAGGACGCUGCAGAGCUGGAGAGCCAUUCCCCUUACCUGCCGUCGCCCAACUCUUGGCGCAAGAGCGAGAGCAAGAUGCGCCAGGCAGCCCAGCUGCAGGAGGUCCUGGACGGGUUGCAAGCCAAGGAGGAAGCUGCCAAUGAGGAGGGCCCGUCUGUGGAGGAGACCACUGAGUUGCUCAUCAGGCAAUCGAUGCAGGCUGGGGAGGAUGAAGAUGAUGAGGAUGCCUUGGAGUCCUUGUCAGACGAUAUGCUAACGGAAGGGGAAGCCAUAGAUGAGCCUGAUGUACUGGCAGAGGGCAGUGAGAGCAUCAUCGAGGCCCUUGAAGAUGAAGAAGGAGAAGGUAGCAGCGCAAUUCAUUCAAGGGACGUGCAGCGAAGCGCACAUGCAGAUAGUGCUAUUGAAGCUGCACUCGAGGCAGAGCCACAGGCAGUAAAUGAAGAAGCAGAUGGGUCUGAUGGUGAUGGAGAGGAUGAGUUUGAGGUGGACAGUGAGGUGGCGGCUGUUGCGGCAGCUGACAGCUGGUCGUGGGGCCGCAUCAUCCGCAACCCUCGCAAGCGCAGCAAGCACAUCAUCUUCGACGUGUGCACGGCCACCGCCUCGAUGCCCCUCCACCAGAGGAAGGAGCUGAAUCAGAGGUGGCUCGGCGGCAGUCCGCAACAGGGAGACAGGGUGGGAGGCCGGAAGCAGGAUAUACCCAGGCGCCUUGGAGGGGAGGGCGCCCUUGUGCGGCAGGUGGUUGCCAGCUCAGACAAGCGGACGUGGCUAGGCCCGGCAGGGUACAGACUGGCCAGGAAGGCGCGCUGGGGGGACCUGUGGCCCACCCACUAUGCACAGAGCUGCGGGACUGGUGGCAAGGGUACUUAG